AUGGUCCAAGGAGUGACCCAAACCCCUCCACCUGGUUACCGACCCCUAGCCUCCCUGCAAGCCCUCACCUCCACUACCCCACCCCCAAAUUAUGACCCAAGCAUGGAAGCUUUCAUCAGCCUCGACAAGGAGGAGGCAAUGGUGCUCUCGGAGCAAUGGAUAAAUUCACUUAUCAUCAAAGUGAUAGGAAAAUCAUUUUCAGUUGAUUACCUCAAAACAACCCUCCAAAGAAUUUGGAAAACCAACCACCAGAUUCGCUUCAUUGCCUUGGGCAAAGGUUUCUACAACAUCUCGGUCCCGAAUGAGGAAGUAAGGGAACACAUCCUGUCACAAGGGUCGUGGUUCAUUGCUAGCUACAUGUUAAUUGUUCAACCAUGGAUGCCAGGAUUCAUACCAUCCCAAGCCAUAAUCUCGAAAGCCCCAGUCUGGGUUUCACUACCGGAGCUGCCAAUUGAGUUCCACUCGCUGCAGAUGUUCCAAAGAAUUGCAAGCGAAAUUGGGACCUUCAUCAAAACAGACACAAAAGCUCUUGAGCAAAACAGAGUAAGGUUCGCAAGGAUUCAAGUGUUGUUGGACCUAGCAAAACAGAGGAAAGAAGUAAUAUGGCUAGGAGCCUUCAAGCAAUCCAUCUACUAUGAGGAGAUACCACACUACUGCAACCAGUGUCAGUCAAUUGGGCACCGGAGUGAAAGAUGCACGCAUUAUCCGGUUGAUAAAGGGGAAACAGAGGACGACGCGGAGGAGGUUGAGAAGGACAAAAAUGAAGGAGUAGGGCAAAACGUGGCACCAUCACAGGCCACCAAUGAGGAGAGAGAAAACACCAACCCUUGA